UUCUCCGACAACAACUACAGGAGCUCCAAUGACUAAAACACCUUCCCCUACAACAACCUCAGCUGUACCCACAACAACCACAUUUUCGCUGACAACAACUACAGCAGCUCCCACAACCACAACAGCUACACUUACAACAACCACAUAUGUACCUACAACAACCACAGCUUCUCUCACAACAACCACAGCUGCUUCAACAACUAAAGCUGUGGCUACAACAAUAACAGCCAUCCCCACAAGAACAUCAGCUGCUCCCACAACAACCACUGCAGCACCAACAAUGACUACAGCUGCUCCUACAACAACCACAGAUACACCAACAACAUAUUCUCAGACAACAACUACAGCUGUUCCAACGACCGCAACAACUUCCUCUAUAACAACUACUGCAGCUCCAACAACAACCACAGCUAUUUCCACAACAAACACAGAUACUGCUACGACAACAACAGCUGCGGCUAUAACAACCAAAGUCGUGCACACAACAACCACAGCUGCUCCCACAACAACCACAAAUGCACUCACACCAACCACAUUUUCUCUGAAAACAACUACAGCAGCUCCCACAACCACACCAGCUUCCCCUACAACAACCACAGCUGCUCCCACUACAACCACAGCUGGAGGAACGACGACCACUGCUGCACUCAUAGCAAUAACAGCUGCUCAAACAAAAACCACAUCUUCACCCACAACAGCCACAGCUUCUCCCACAAAAACCACAGCUGAUGCUGCUACAACAACUACAGCUGUGGCUACAACAACAACAUCCAUUCCUACGACAACAACAGCUGCUCCCACAACAACCCCUGCAGCACCAACAACGACUACAGCUGCUCCCACAACAACCACAGCUUCCCCUACAACAACAAAAGCUGCUGCUUUGAUAACAACAGCUGUGGCUACAACAAAAGCCAUCCCCACAACAACCACAGCUGCUCCCACAACAGCAACAGCUGCUGAUACACCAACCACAUCUGCACCAUCAACAACCAUAGCCACAGCUCCGACAACCACAACCGUCCUCACAACAACCACAGCUGCUCCCACAACAACCACAGCAGAUCCAACGACCACAACAGCUUCCUCUACAACAACGACAGGUGCUCGCACAACUACAACAGCUUCCCCUACAACCACCACAGCUGUUCCCACAACAGCAACAGCUGCUGAUACACCAACCACAUCUGCACGAACAACAACCACAGCCACAGCUCCGACAACCACAGCCGUCCUCACAACAACCACAGCGGCUCCCACUACAACAAUAGCUGCCAUAGCAACAACAAAAGCUCCUGUAACAACCAUCACUGCUGGCCCUACCACAACUACAGCUAACCCCACAAUAACCACAACUGCUCCCACGACAACCACACCUGCACCCACAACAACCACAGCUGCUCCCACAACAACCACAGCUGCUCACACGACAACCACCGCUUCACCCACAACAACCACAACUGCACCAACGACAACCAUAGCUGCGCCAACAGCAACCACAGCUGUUCCCACAACAACAACAACUGCACUAACAACAUUCCCAGCUGCUGCUAUGACAAGAACAGCCACCCCCACAACAACUACAGCUGCUCCCACAACAACCACAGCUGCUGCUUCAACAACCACAGCAGUACCAACGUACACCACAGCGGCUCCCACUACAACCACAGCUUCUCCCACAACAACCACAGCUGCUGCUACAACAAUCAAAGCGCUGCCCACAACAACCACAGCUGUUCCAACAACAAUCACAGAUUCACACACAACAACCGUAUCUGCUCCCACAACUACAGCAGUUCCCACAACCACAACAGCUUCCCUUACAACAACCACAGCUGGUAGCAAAACGACCACAGCUGCACCCACAACAACAACAGAUUCUCCCACAUCAACCACAGAUUCUCACACAACAACCACAGAUUCUCCCACAACCACAACAGCAUCCCUUGCUACUAUAGCUGUUCCCACAACGACCACAGCAGCACCAAUGAUGUCUACUGCUGGGGCGACAACAAUCACAGCUUCCCCAAAAACAACCACAGGUGCUGCUAUGACAACAACAGAUGUGCCAACAACCACCACAGCUGCAUCAACAACAACCAGAGCUGAUCCCACCACAACCACAUCUGCUGCUACAACAACAACAACAGCUGCUGCAACAACACCCAAAACCCUCUGCUCACACGACAACCACCGCUUCACCCACAACAACCACAACUGCACCAACGACAACCAUAGCUGCGCCAACAGCAACCACAGCUGUUCCCACAACAACAACAACUGCACUAACAACAUUCCCAGCUGCUGCUAUGACAAGAACAGCCACCCCCACAACAACUACAGCUGCUCCCACAACAACCACAGCUGCUGCUUCAACAACCACAGCAGUACCAACGUACACCACAGCGGCUCCCACUACAACCACAGCUUCUCCCACAACAACCACAGCUGCUGCUACAACAAUCAAAGCGCUGCCCACAACAACCACAGCUGUUCCAACAACAAUCACAGAUUCACACACAACAACCGUAUCUGCUCCCACAACUACAGCAGUUCCCACAACCACAACAGCUUCCCUUACAACAACCACAGCUGCUGUUCCCACAACGACCACAGCAGCACCAAUGAUGUCUACUGCUGGGGCGACAACAAUCACAGCUUCCCCAAAAACAACCACAGGUGCUGCUACGACAACAACAGCUGUGCCAACAACCACCACAGCUGCAUCAACAACAACCAGAGCUGA